AUGGUCAUCCAGCCGUUCGAUCAAGACGAACCUGUUGAAGAAGCGAUUCUCACGUCGCACAGGCCAAUCGACCCCAAGCGGGAGGACAAAUGGGUCGAAGCAUACGCCAAAGCCCUCAAGAAAUUUGACCUCCCCGAAGACCCCAAUACCGCCGAAGACGCCGACUUGAUCACGGGGGCGAUCCUGGAGGCCAUGUCAACCGCGACGAUCAAAACAAUGCCCGACGGCAACAAGAAAAGAAAGGUAACGGACCGCCGCGAUCCCCAUGGUGGAACGCCGAGUAACCGCACCCGAGAACACUUCGCUCAACGUUACGCGGCGCCAUCAGACGCACGUCGAAGCCACGGAGAUCGCAUACUCGCCGAAAUCCGCACGUCCAAAGUCUUCGAGUCGCUCAAAUGGUUCCAGGGGAAGCGCCGGAAUCAGGGCCAUGACCAACGCCCAUUCCAGGAGAUAUCCACAGACGAAAUUGCUAACGCCAUCAAAUGCACUUCCAACAAAUCCUCCCCUGGCGCAUUUGGCUCAAACUACAGGCUCCUCAAAUGGGCCUUCUGGUGCAACACUAGUAUCUUUGUCAACCUAUUCAACCUCUGCUUGAGAAUUGGAUAUCAUCCCUCAGUGCUGCGUAACUGCGUCAUUGCCCAUCCCAAAGCCCGUCGCCAAGACAUCACUACCCAAAAACUAUCGUCCCAUCGCUCUACUAGAGACGCUAUCCAAACUUCUAGAGAAGGUUAUCACAACUCGAAUCACCUCUGA